CACCAUAUAAUUAGUUAUCGCUCGUCUUGAGAAGAUUUUUCUGGUCUCUAAAGUCAAUUUUUAUGUUUUGGUUAAUCUGAAAACGUUUUAUUGGAAGAGUUUGAUUUUGAACGAAAAGGAAAGAUCCCUGAUUUGUUGAUUUUGUUGGGCGAAAAGAUAAGGAAUUGCAAAAAUUAGGGUUUUUGCAGAGGGCAAUCGACUAUGAUCAUGUCCCCAAACGAGAUAGCAAACAAUGCGAUCAGGCACGCUCUCAGGGCGCUGCGCCAACGCCAUCUAGUUGAAGAAGGUGCGCAUGCUCCCGCUUUUCUCGCUCUCUCUCGGCCCAUCAUAUCGCAGAGUUCGGAAUGGAAAGAGAAAGCAGAGAAGCUGGAGUUGGAGCUUCAGCAAUGUUACAAGGCUCAAUCGCGAUUGUCUGAGCAACUUGUGGUGGAAGUGGCUGAGGGUCGAGCUUCUAAAUCUUCGAUUGAGGAGAAAGAUGCGACGAUUGAUAAUCUGCAGCAGGAGUUAACUCGAGCCAGGGAUGAAUGCUCCCAGCUAAAGGCAGACUUAGAGAUGAAAAUUAAAGCCAUGGAACUGGCUAUAUCUGAGAGCCAAGAACUUAAAGCACAGCUUGAAGCAAUGACGAUUAAAGCUAAGAAUACAGAGGCUGAAAAUAAUAUGUUGAUUGACCGGUGGAUGCUGCAAAAGAUGAAGGAUGCAGAACGCCUCAAUGAGGCAAAUGCACUCUAUGAAGAUAUGAUUGACCGACUCAAGGCUAGUGGUUUAGAGAAACUUGCUCAGCAACAGGUCGAUGGUGUGGUCCGUCAGAGCGAAGAGGGUGCUGAAUACUUCGUAGAAUCCACCGUACCCUCUGUAUGCAAGCAUAGUAUCCGUGCGCAUGAAGGGGGCUGUGGUACUAUUUUGUUUGAAAACAAUUCAGGAAAGUUGAUCAGUGGGGGGCAGGACCGAACCGUCAAAGUGUGGGAUACAAAUACUGGAUCACUAAGUUCCACUUUACAUGGGUGCCUUGGUUCUGUUCUUGAUCUUGCAGUUACCCAUGAUAAUAGAUCUGUGAUUGCAGCAAGCAGUUCAAACAACUUAUAUGCAUGGGACGUUGGUUCUGGAAGGGUGCGCCAUACGCUUACCGGUCACUCCGACAAAGUAUGUGCUGUAGAUGUAAGCAAAAUCUCGAGCCGACAUGUUGUGAGUGCUGCUUAUGAUCGCACCAUCAAAAUCUGGGAUUUACAGAAGGGUUACUGCACUAAGACCCUCAUUUUCCCCAGCAAUUGCAAUGCAGUUCGGUUCAGCAUGGAUGGACAGACCAUUUGUUCUGGGCAUAUGGAUGGAAAUCUUCGGUUGUGGGAUAUCCAAACAGGAAAAUUGCUCAGCGAAGUUGCUGGACACUCCCUUGCUGUUACAUCUCUUUCUUUGUCACGUAAUGGCAAUACGAUAUUGACUAGCGGGAGAGAUAACUUGCAUAAUUUAUUCGAUAUUCGGUCUUUGGAAGUCUGCGGGACAUUACGGGCAUCUGGGAAUAGAGUAGCUUCCAAUUGGAGCCGUUCUUGCAUCAGCCCAGAUGACAACCAUGUUGCUGCUGGUUCCGCUGAUGGAUCUGUCCAUGUCUGGUCAAUAUCAAAGCAUGAUAUUGUGAGCACUCUGAAAGAGCACACUGCCUCGGUUCUGUGUUGUUCAUGGAGUGGGCUUGGGAAACCCCUUGCGUCUGCGGACAGAAAUGGAAUUAUAUUUACAUGGAACUGAAAUAGCAUCUACUUGUUUCCCACUUGAUGUACAGAAAAUAGAGUUGAGUGCGAUGAAAGUUAUUUGUUUAUCAUCUUAUUAUUCAUCUCAUCCCGAUUCUGCUCCAAACAUAAUGAUUUCGAUUCAUUAUUGAAACUGAAUGGCUAAUUCUAUGUUAUUCCAUUUUGUUGGUUCA